AUUUGAGUCCUCGAACUGAUUUCGUGGCUCGCCGUUGGAUACGCUCCAAAGUGACCUUGUCUUUUUGGAGUGAGGGGGGAGUACUAUGUUUCCGUACUCUAAAUGGGGACGGAUGAAACUAUUAAAGAUUGUGUGGAAAGUUCGUCCGUCAAACUGUCCAAAAAUGGUGAAUCUUUGUAGAAAAAAUUAUGUGAGACGUAACAGUGCCCAAAUUUAUUAGUAACAUAUAGAAAGGCAUUAAGACUAAAAAAAUGAGUUGCCUGUCCAUGAAUAAAGCUAAACAGUAGCAAAUAGCACUUACAAUAAAAUGGCAUACCCAAUCACAGAAAUGAUAAAAAAUUGUUGUGAAAUGAGUGUUAUGUGUAAGCUCCUAUUUGGAUAAUAGCAACAAAUAGGUUCAGUUAAUUAACGAAGGUUCUUCUGCACGUGGUGGCACCGACGGCGUAACGCGAUACAAGUGUUCUUAAAUAACAGUCCGCGCCAAAAUUCCAACCUAGUGAAGAGCGGCCUAAAAGAACGUUACGUGUCGCGGCCGAUGACAAAAGAUGAACAGAUGACUGAGAUAGCGUUUAUUUGAGUAAUAAAGGCACGCCAAUAUAACUGGCAUCACACUUCUCUUUAGGUAUAAUGACUGAACUAAAUAUUGGGGCUCAUUGUUCUGAAAAGGAUUGCAGACAGUUGGAUUUUCUACCCAUUCAUUGUGAACACUGUGAUCGUGUCUUUUGUAAAAUUCAUAGUUCAAUUACUGCACAUAAUUGUCCAAUUUCAAGUUCAACUUACAAAUGUCAUCAAUCUUCAAGUCAAUUUCGUUCUGAUGAUGCUAAUGAUAAUAUCUGCGAUUAUCAUUUAUGUAAUGAAAGACAACUAGUAAUGUUAUCCUGUGAUGGAUGUUAUGGAAAUUUUUGUACCAGUCAUAAACAAAAGGAGGUUCAUCAAUGUUCAAGUUUAACUCAGUCACUUCAUCAACUGGAUAAAAUUCAACCAUUUAAAACUGUUGAUCGUACUGCAUUAAAUGCUAUUUCACAUACGAUAAUUCCAACGAAAGCCAAUGACACACUAUCAGUCAAACCAGUAAGCGAUCGUGCCCGCACCACUAAAGCGAAGUUGAUUUUAUUAAAAACUAAAAUGGAAGCAUUGCCUGGUGGUCAACGUGCUAGAGAAUUACCUGAAUCAGAGAGAUUUGUUAUUCGUUUGUCAGUUAUGCCAGAGGUUCUUUCAACAAAUAAUAUGAUUUCAGUGUAUUUUGGAAAGCGUUGGCCACUUGGAUGCAUUCUGGACUAUGGUUGUGAACACUUUCAUUUACCCCGUGAUAAGAAAUACGGUUUAAUUCGAUUAUCCGAUGAAUUAGAUGAAUACUUUGCUACUGAUUGUAGUCAACAUCAAAAUGAUAUUGUUUCAAAUUCAUUACUUGAUUUAAAUAGUUCACUCAAACAACAUGUUGGAGAGAAUUGUUUUGUUGAAGGCCAAUUAUUACAGAUUGUAUGUUUACCACAAACAUAAUCAUAGUGUUUUGUUUUAAUUAUGCGUCCACUGUACAAAAUGACCAUAAUGACUUCUUCUGUUGGCUAAUUCUCAUCUAUAAUUUGUUUCUCAUUUUUAUAUAUGUUUGUCCAAAUUUCUUAUAUUCUGAAGUCUAGCUAGCGUGAAUUGAAAUAUCUGUACAAAAUAUCUUGAUGGAAUGCGUUUACUAUGUUUGUUUUUCUGUGCUGAAUACUUAGAUCAACUGCCUUGUUAACGUUGUUAUUAUUUCGUCAGAUUAAAUGGUGUAAUUUUCUACAGUAUUAUACUAACAAAUACUGUAAACCUUUUUGUCAGUUUGUUUUGUAGAGUGAUGGUAAAAGGUUAAAUUACCAGAAUAUUUUUAGCCCAGACGAAUGCAUUUCGUGGUGUUGUAUAUCUAUGAACUGAGUAUUUUUUUAUUGUAAAGCUUUCAUUGUCUUUUUCCGCUGAACAUUUAAAAGAAUGUUGAGAACACUGUGUAUCUGCUACGUGGAUCCAAUAUGCAACUCUCAUCGCAAUAACCCAACGGUAUACUAAGUUAUGUUUGGAAAUCAUUCAAAUGAAUCAAGACUCGCUUCACUAAAAAUUAGUAAAAACAUUAUUCAGUCUCUUUCAUCAAAAUAAAAUUAGGAAAUGAUUACGCAAUGUUGUAAAAAAUCAAAGUUAUGGAUGUAAACCACUGCAGAUUAACUCCACAGUUUUUGCUGCCAGAACUUGUAAACUUGGGUUCUAUAUCCUACAAGUUUGUGAAUGUACACUGCAGAGGAAUCCCGUACUAGAACAAAGGAGAUUUUCAGUGCUCCCUGUUUUUCAAUGAUAUGGCAACUGAGAUUCGUCGCUGAUGGAUAAAAAUUAGCUUUCAUCGAACAAAUGAUAUUUUAUCAAUCAAGUACUCUAUAUGCUUUGAAUAUUAUAUUAUAAGUUUUGAAUUCAGCGAUCUUUGUGGAUGUUCAGCAAAUCGUUGGUUCACAGAAUCAAUAAAUAAGGCAGAUAUAGCAAUUUCUUCCAGUGGAUCAAAUGGAAACAUUGAGAAAUGACAAAAUUCUCUUUUGUGAUUGGAAGAACUAAUACCCUUAAUAGAUUUCCUGGGUUCCAAUCCUUCUUCAACUAAUAUCAAUCCGUAAUGAAAAUUAUAUUUGUAAUUAAAAAAUUCGAUACAUGCGCUUUAAAACAGAAAAAAGUAAAUUAAGUUCUGUUAAUGGGCUUUAAAAAACCUCUUUUGUUCUAAGUUAUUUAAGAUUUGCAUUGAUUUUUAUCUAAUCAGUCUCAUCUGACAGAGUUAAUGAAUUUCUGUGAUAUAAUACUUGUUCUUGGCCAGAUUUUCUUAAUUACCAGCAUUUGCCAACAUUGCGCAACUUGAUUGCUAGGAAAAGAUAAGAAACAUGAGCUAAGUGACUAUUGAGAUCACGGUAAUGGGGUACCAGUACUACCCGUUUCUUGAUACACCUAAAUUAGAUGAUCGAAGACAUUUCAGAAAUAAUAAGUAAGACAUCCUGAUACUUAUCAAUACUAAAAGCAUCAAGCACCUCACGCUGAUCUAGCAUGUAGCUGGAAAAUAACAAAUCGCAGUAUCAUGUACACUCAUAAUGAACACGAAAUGAACUCUGAUCCCCAUUUUUACAGUUUGAUGUGUAUUUUACAAAAAAAUAAAUGGGACUUGGAAAUUGUAUGGAUUUAAGUUAUUUUCGAUUCUUGAAUAUGGGGUGCUUGUGAAAGACAUGGGAGAAAAAAGAAAUAUAUUUUUGAUGUAAAUAUUUUAAGCUACUGAUGAAUAUAUUAGUAGGUUAUUUAUUAAACCAAAUCUCUUAAACGGUGAACACUAUUGAAGUGCUUGUUACUGUGACCUAUUUAAUAUUUUCACCUUUUUGAGGCAACUCGGUUCUUUUUCACCUAUCAAACUGCGUUAUUUGAUUUCUCAAAAAAACCUUUCAAUAUAUAAUAGACACUAAUAUAUAGGUUUCGGCAUAGAGCCAUUUCUUAGAACGCAUAGUUUUAAUUAUCAAGCUUGAAUAAAUAAUUCUAUGAUUGUGCCGGUUAAAGUUAAGAUGUAUGGAACAAUGGACUUUUUUUUAUCUAAAUCUAAAAUUAUUAUUCACUAAAUAGUCAACAUAACUUAUUAGUGUACUUUUUACCUCAUAAUCCGAUAUCCCUCGAUUAUAAUUACAUGCAGCGUUUCUUGUUAUGUAGCUGGCCAUGAUAGAUCUUGAGAUUGUGUAAAUAAAGUUUGUUCUAGUUUGUGAAGAAACAGUUGUGAACUACAUUUUAAUCCUUCUGGUCUCAGCAUGAGCCUUAUUUAAGUGGUGUUAGUGUAUACUAAAGUUGGCUGUGCUUCUAAAGAACAGUAAGUAGUCAGUUUACCAUAUUUCUGCAUUUAGCAAAUAUACUGCUAUUUGUCCCGACUUCUUUUAAUCAGCAUCUACGCAACUGGUAUUUUGAGAUUCUAUUUUGUCAACAUCUUACUUGAGGACAUAACAAAUAUAAACUAACUUUCGAUACACUCGAGUUUCCAGUUUUGUUCCCUUAGGAGUAGUAAUUUGUGAGAACUCUUCCUUCGCAGUGUGAUCCAACAAUAACACAUUACGAUUUAUAAACUGACAAUA